UGACACAAACAUGGCGAUUUGACAUUAAAAAUGAAAACAAACUGUGAAACACAGUGAUUCUUGAAACUUCCUCUACGAUUUACCAAUUUAGCGUUAAAUGUAUGAAUAUCACUUCUUGUGACGAUGGACGGUAUGUUCGAAUUAUACCUAGAUGGGAGCAUUGAGCCCGAUGACAUCCCCCACACGUCAGACCCCGUCUAUAUCCUAGGCAAAAAGUACAACGCACUUCAAGAGUUAGAAACAAUUCGUCAAGACAUUCUUUCAAAAAUCUGGUUCACAUAUCGGAAAAACUUCGUUCCAAUCGGGGGCGACGACGGCCUCACCACCGACAAGGGAUGGGGCUGCAUGCUCCGAUGCGGCCAGAUGGUCCUGGCGCAAGCUCUAGUGACACUCCAUCUGGGCCGGGACUGGAUCUGGGAGCCAGAAACCAAAGACUCCACUUAUCUCAAAAUCCUUAGUAAAUUUGUAGACAAGAGACAAGCGCCCUUUUCCAUACACCAGAUUGCCAUGAUGGGGGUGUCGGAAAACAAGGAUGUGGGGCAGUGGUUCGGACCCAACACCGUGGCGCAAGUCUUGAAGAAGUUGGUGAAGUAUGAUGAUUGGAGCUCAAUUGCGAUUCAUAUAGCCUUAGAUAACGCACUUAUUAUUAGUGAUAUAAGAGAGUUGUGCUUAAGUCAAGAGGAUGAGGGGUGUGUGAGUAUGAAAUGUGGCAGUGGGGGUUGGAAACCGCUGCUACUUAUUGUGCCUUUGCGAUUGGGACUGCAGGAAAUUAAUCCCAUUUAUGCCAGUGGAUUAAAAAAAUGUUUCAAGUUCAAACAGAGUUUGGGGGUGAUUGGGGGCAAGCCCAACUUGGCGUUAUAUUUCAUAGGAUAUGUAGGAGAUGAAGUAAUAUACCUGGACCCCCACACGACGCAGAAAUCCGGUUCAGUGGAAAACAAAGAGACAGAAGAGGAAAUCGAACUGGAUUCUAGUUACCACUGUAAAUACGCUUCUAGGAUAAACAUACUCAGCAUGGAUCCCUCGGUAGCUGUGUGCUUUUUCUGCAGUACUGAAGCCGAAUUUAAUGAUUUAUGUCACGCGAUCAAAAAAGACCUCAUCGAACCUGAAAAACAGCCGUUAUUCGAAGUCACUUAUGAAAAACCGAAACAGUGGAAGCCGACGCUGGACGACGCCGUGGAAGCAGCCGAUUUCGAACUAUCGGGCGAAUACGACUCGGAGCACGAGUUUGAAAUUUUGUAACAAUUUUGACCGAAAAAUAUGUAAAUAGUUACUCAAAUUUGUUUUUGUACAAAGUGCAUUUAUCGAGGUGGCGCCACUCGUGAUGCUUUUAACGCUACCGGUGCCAAAAAUGUCGACUGUACAUAAAUGGAUGCCGAUCUUACUUAUACAGGGUGUUUUUUUCGAGCUCCACCAUAGGAAUCUUAGUUAUUCUAAGACAUACGAGGUCGGUUAAAUUAGGACAAAGUUGCGUAUUUUUAUGUUGAACAAUAAUUUGAAAGAAAAUUUAAUGUGUCAUUAAAAAAAACGGAAACUUGUAA